GUUUGAUCAUGUAGAAAAGAUUGCAGAAUCGUUGCAGCAAAGGAAGAAUCGUCAGUUGCGGUUGCAGUUGUAACUUCUUUCGUCUCGUCUCCUCUGCUCUCCUCUCCUCUCCUCUCGAACCAACCAGACCAGACCAGACCAGACCAUAUAAUUCUAUUCUAUUUCUCUUCUAUUGGCAGUCCAUUCCUUUGCAUUCCAUCAACUCCUCUCCUCUCCUCUCCUCUCUCCCCCUCUCUCCUUUAGAUUGAUUGAUUUAAUUCUUCUUCUUAAAUCUAAUAAUAUUAGCUAGGGAGGGCUGCAUCAAUUUUCAACUUCGAAGCCCAAUUCAUCAAUCUUUUCCCAAGCAAGCGCAUUAGCAUUACCCACUCAAAGCUAUUAGCUUUUUUCUUCUCUUGACGACCGACCUAGCCUUGCUACUGAGCAGUGCCCUGCCUCUGCCUCUGCUUCUGCUUCUGCUUCUGCCUGGAAGAAGAAAUAACAAGGCUAAAUCAAGCAAUCAAUCAAUCAAUGUGGAGCGGCAGAAUUGGGAGCCGACUCGCCAGUCUCCAGUCCCAGUCCCAGUCCCAGUCCAUCACAACUACAUCUACAGGGAGGAUAUGGAUGAGGUUCCUAUCCACCGCCACCACCACCACCUUCCCAGCUGGCAUUGCGAUUGAGCGGAUUGGGACUGGGAAGAGGUUUGCUGCUUUGUGGGGCAGUGGAGAUUACGGCAGACUCGGCCAUGGCAAUUUGGUGUCCCACUCCAGGCCUAUGCCCCUCCUCGUCGCUAAUAAUUCCUCCUCUGCUGCAGCUUUCCACACCCAAGAAGUAGAAGGCCUCAAGUCCAUCGCUUGUGGCGGAGCGCACACUCUCUUCCUCACAGGUCCGUUGGUUGAAUCCGGAAAGGUUUACGCCAGUGGCCUAAAUGACUUUGGACAGCUCGGUAUCUCGGAGGAUAUGUCAUACUCAACUGAGCCUCUUGAAGUCGUCAGUAUACCAAAGGAAACAGUGCAAAUUUCUGCUGGUUAUCAUCACUCUUGCGCCAUCACAGUUGAUGGGGAACUCUACAUGUGGGGUAAAAACUCGAAUGGCCAGCUUGGCCUUGGAAAAAAAGCAGCAAAUGCCCUUUUUGUGCCCACUAAAGUGGAAUGCUUGACUGGAAUGGUCAUAAAAAUGGCGGCUCUAGGCUCUGAACACUCAAUUGCUGUUACAGAUGAAGGCAAUGCCUUGAGUUGGGGAGGUGGAGGGUCUGGAAGGCUCGGUCAUGGUCACAAGUCUAGCAUUUUUGGAUUUAGAGGAAGUAGCAGUGAAUUUACGCCAAGACUUAUCAAGGAUCUGGAAGGUUUGAAGGUUAAAAGAGUUGCUGCAGGAUUGCUGCACUCAGCCUGCAUAGAUGAAAACGGCUCUGUCUUUAUAUUUGGAGAGAAAACAAUGCAGAAACUGGGCUUUGGAGAGGGGAAGAAUGCUACUACACCAUCAAUGGUCCAUGAACUUCCAUGGUCAGCGGAAGUGGCAUGCGGUGGCUAUCACACGUGUGCAAUAACAAGUGGUGGAGAGCUAUAUACUUGGGGUUCGAAUGAGAAUGGAUGUCUCGGCAUUGGGUCUACUGAUGUCAUUCCUUUCCCGGAAAGAGUCAAGGGUCCUUUUCUCAAUUCUGCUGUUAGCAAGGUAUCAUGUGGCUGGAAGCACACAGCUGUGAUUUCCGAUGGCAAAAUUUUCACGUGGGGUUGGGGAGGUUCUCAUGGAACAUUCUCAGAGGACGGGCAUUCUUCCGGCGGGCAAUUGGGACAUGGGGACGAUGUGGACCGUAUAAACCCAACAAUGGUUCGAUUUUAUGAGGCGGCAAGAGCAUUGAAUGUAUCCUGCGGAUUCAAUCACACAGGUGCCAUAUUUGAGUUCCCCGAUGGUUAGGGCUUGGCAGUCCAUGGAAAACAAGAGGGUUCAUAACUAAACCUUUUACCUUUGUAUGUUUUAUUAUAGAUAUACUAGUGUACCUUGAUCUGACAAGGUUUAUAACACAGUACAGAGACAUGCCUGGCAAGUCAAAUACAGAACGUAAAAUGUACAGCUCAGAGGCUACACAAUAAAAAUUAUUUCUCCCAUUCCA